UUUCACAUAUGGCGAAGUUUCGAACAUCUUGCUUCUCUUCUCGACCGAACCGUACUCUCUUUAUUACUACCAAACUCGCUUCUUCUCAUCCCCAUUUUCAUCCACACUCUUCUAUGCUCCGAACUAUUCUCCGCCGUUCGGCUACCACCACUGCUAAGUUCUCCUCGUUCAUAUCGAAAGACUGCCCCUGUCGAAGUACCCUUUUGGUCUCAUUUUGUCGGCCUUUACCUUUCUUCGUCGUUUCCCCUCGCUCUGCUGUAGCUCGUUUUCACACGCACCAGGUUGUCGCCAUGGCUGAACGUCCUGCGGAGACCACGUCCACGUCUCACAAGUUCACCAAUCGUCUUGCUGCUGAGCACAGCCCUUAUCUCCUUCAACAUGCCCAUAACCCGGUUGAUUGGUAUCCCUGGGGUGAAGAAGCUUUCGCUGAAGCGCGCAGAAGAGACGUGCCCAUCUUUUUAUCGAUUGGAUACAGCACUUGCCAUUGGUGUCAUGUUAUGGAGGUGGAAUCUUUUGAGGAUGAAGGAGUCGCAAAAUUGUUGAAUGAUUGGUUUGUUAGCAUCAAGGUCGAUCGCGAAGAAAGACCAGAUGUUGACAAGGUUUAUAUGACAUUUGUACAAGCAUUAUAUGGUGGUGGAGGGUGGCCACUUAGCGUCUUCCUUUCACCUGAUUUGAAACCUUUGAUGGGUGGAACUUACUUCCCCCCAGAUGAUAAUUAUGGAAGACCAGGAUUUAAGACUAUACUAAGAAAGGUGAAGGAUGCUUGGGACAACAAGAGAGAGAUGCUUAUUAAGAGUGGAGCCUUUGCCAUUGAGCAGCUGUCUGAAGCAUUGUCAGCAAGUGCAAGUACAAACAAAUUGCCAGAUGGGCUUUCACAAAAUGCUCUGCAAUUGUGUGCUGAGCAACUUUCUCAAAGUUAUGAUUCCAGGUAUGGCGGGUUUGGAUCUGCUCCAAAGUUUCCCAGACCAGUUGAGAUCCAACUAAUGCUUUACCACUCAAAGAAAAUGGAGGAUGCUGGAAAACUGGAUGUAGCAAAGGAAGGUCAGAAGAUGGUUCUCUUUACCUUGCAAUGCAUGGCAAAGGGAGGCAUUCAUGAUCAUGUUGGAGGUGGCUUUCACAGAUACAGUGUGGAUGAACGAUGGCAUGUUCCUCAUUUUGAGAAAAUGCUGUAUGACCAAGGGCAACUUGCUAAUGUCUACUUGGAUGCUUUCUCCAUUACCAAUGAUGUCUUCUAUUCACUUGUAUCUCGGGAUAUUCUUGAUUAUUUGAGGAGAGACAUGAUAGGACCAGAAGGUGAAAUCUUUUCAGCAGAGGAUGCUGAUAGUGCUGAGCAUGAAGGUGCUAAAAAGAAAAAGGAAGGAGCCUUUUAUAUAUGGACCAGUAAAGAGGUUUACUUUCUUUGGAGACAACCUCAAUUUCUUUUUGACUGGUUGUUUUGCUCAUGUUUCAAAUGUCAAAUUAUAUGCCUCUCAAAUAGACUCCUAUUUAGGACCCAACAUUUAGGAGUGCAUCUGAUUGAUGACAUCCUUGGAGAGCGUGCAACUCUUUUUAAGGAUCAUUAUUACAUAAAGCAGCUGGGAAAUUGUGACCUUUCUGGGAUGAGUGAUCCUCAUAAUGAAUUCAAGGGGACAAAUGUGCUUAUUGAAUUAAAUGAUGUCUCAGCAUUGGCGUCAAAACUUGGAUUGCCUACUAUGAAAUAUCUUGAUAUUUUGGGUGAAUGUAAGCAAAAGCUUUUCAAUGUGAGAUCAAAACGACCUAGGCCACAUUUGGAUGACAAGGUAAUUGUGUCAUGGAAUGGACUGGCAAUUUCAUCUUUCGCAAGAGCUUCUAAGGUUCUCAAGGGAGAAACUGAUGGGACAAAAUUCCACUUUCCUAUUGUUGGCUGUGAUCCCAAGGAGUACUUAGAAGUUGCAGACAAGGCAGCAACAUUUAUCAGAAGACAUCUUUAUAAUGAACAAACACGCAGGCUACAGCACAGCUUUAGGAAUGGUCCAUCUAAAGCGCCUGGGUUCUUGGAUGAUUAUGCUUUUCUCAUUUCUGGGCUGCUGGAUCUUUAUGAGUUUGGUGGUGGAAUCCACUGGCUAGUGUGGGCAACUGAAUUACAGAAUACACAGGAUGAAGUAUUUCUUGAUAGAGAAGGUGGGGGCUAUUUUAAUACCCCAGGGGAAGACCCUUCAGUUCUCCUGCGAGUAAAGGAGGAUCAUGAUGGAGCAGAGCCCUCAGGAAACUCUGUUUCUGCCAUUAAUCUUAUAAGAUUGGCGUCCAUGGUGGCUGGUAGUAGAUCUGAUUAUUACAGGCAGACUGCAGAGCAUCUUCUGGCGGUUUUCGAGACGAGACUAAAAGACAUGGCUAUGGCAGUUCCUUUGAUGUGUUGUGCAGCAGACUUGAUCUCUGUGCCUUCCCGUAAGCAAGUUGUCUUAGUUGGACACAGGGAAUCCUCAGAGUUCGAUAAUAUGUUGGCUGCUGCUCAUGCAUUAUAUGAUCCAAACAGAACAGUAAUUCAUAUAGAUCCCACUAAAAAUGAAGAAAUGGAAAUAUGGGAAGACAAUAAUAGCAACAUAGCACUGAUGGCAAAGAAUAAUUACGUUCCAGAUAAGGUGGUGGCUCUGGUCUGUCAAAACUUCACCUGUAGUCCCCCAGUCACGGACCCUAAAUAUCUUGAAGCUCUGCUUUCCAAGAAACCUGCCGCUGUAUGAACCACCCUUUGGUACAGAGCAUCGAUGGAAUUUUUAGCCAGAUGUUUAUGGACAUUCUCUGGAGUUGGAAAUAAUAAUAUAGGGACUAGGGGAUGGGACUGGUGAGUGAUCAUUCAUAUGUUUGUAGUCAAGUUAGCUCGGGAUUUCUAUAUGUAAGGUGCAGAUGGCAUACCCAGUUGAAGAAUUGCAUGUCGGAGCCGAAAAUAUUACAGUAUAUAAAUAUAUGUUGGGAAAUUAUAAAAAGAAAAUUAUCAUGUUUAGAGUUUUUUUUUUAAUACAAUGUUUAGAGAUUAUUCAUUAGUUUGUUAAUAUGUUUUUUUAAAAAAUUUAUUAAAUAUAUGAAUAAUUUAGUAUGAAGUUAUUUUUA